AUGGAGAGCAAACUUACAGACCUGGAAGAACGUCUGAAAUCAUUGGCUUUAGCAUACGAAGAAGCUUCAAUUGAUAAGUGUCGUCAAUACGAGCUGACGGAGACUUUGGACUCACAGCUGUCUCAGGCUGCGUACUUUGAAGAGGUGAGAUGUAGGCGAGUUUUUCUUUUUGUCAGUGUUUUUCAUAUGUCAGCGUUCUAAGCGUAUGUAUCUUUGUGGUUUUGUGGCUUUUGCUGUUCGGAAAUGUGUUGCAGGGUUAAUAAGGCUGACGGUACCAUGAGUUGAUGCUUGGGAACCAAUGAAAUUUUGGUAUCUAAAGGAGCGUGACAUUGCUAAAGGUCAAACAAGGGCAUUUUGAGACCGCAAUAUCGAUUCUUCACAAUUUGCUCGUCUUUUAUUACAGCUACAUGUGUUUGGAAGCGUUACAUUUAAAUAUCUUCAUGAUUCAAACGUUUUGAACAGUGAUGCAGCUGUUUAAGGUUUCACGUUUUAGUGUGGGUGCUGCUUCAAGCCAUUUCUGACCUAAUUCGGCUUUCGCGCAGUCGCAAACGGUGUAACGCACGUAUUUCAUAGUUUAUGAAGUCUGUUUUACCUGCUUCAAGGUAGGGUAUAAAAGAUCUUAUAUUCUUCAAAGUUCUUCCAUUGAAACAAUAACUGAUAUUUAGAUAUGGACUUUAAUUCGAAAGUAUACGGCCUAUAAAUUGUGGUUUUAGAAGUUUGAAAGGCAGCGUAUUUUUUUAAAGCUUUACCGAGGGAGUUAAUCCUGUCAUAAACAAGCUUUAUUCUAUCUCGCUUACAAAGAUCUCAUCAACAGACCUUUUUCGCUCCGGCAAAAAAAACGUGAAUUAAGUGAACAACAUGAUACAUGCUUGCUGCUUAAGAGUAAUUAUUGUCAUUGAAACGUAUUUUAUUUAGUAAAGAUGGAUAGGUAAAGUAGAAACAAUAGCGUUAAGGAAUAAAAUUGGAAGAAACUAGGUGACAAAGUAAUUAGAUUUAACAAUUAAUGAAUGAGGCUGAGUAUCUUAUGAAGAAUUAUGGAGAUCUCGGAGGAUGUUAUCCGCCUCGGCCUACGGCCUCGACGGAUAACACCCUCCUCGAUCUCCAUAUUCUUCAUAUGAUACGAAAGCCGAAUUCAACAAUUGUUUUAUUAUUCAUGCAAAAUAAUUCCUAGUUUAAAAACAUGGCUAAAACAUGCUUACCUUUAUCGAUCCAUCGAUGUUAAGUUCAUCUUCGAUAGUGCACGUUUAGGUUUGUCAAGCCCCGCAAAUAUUCUCCAAAUAGCAGAUGCCGCCCUUCGAGUUGUCUUCUUGGUGUUCUUGCCAUGUUUUUAGCUAUUUUUUGGCCUAGUUCUUACUCUUGAAACGAGUGAAAUGUCCACUAUUUUUUGUUUUCACAACCAAAACAACUCAACCUCGUCCCAGGUCUUCUCGGUUAACGGUGCCUUAACCUGCACGAACGCUGCAUUUUUGACGUCAUUUCCUUGUUAAACACAAAAGUCUUCCAAAUUUGGACAUCAGAAACUGGUUAUGGUGAAUUAUGCGGGUGCUUUUAGCCAAUCAGAAUCUGGGAAAUAUUUUGAAUGAAUAAUAAUUGUGUUUUUUUCAGUGGAAUAACAUGAUAUGAGUAGAAAUAUAUUUCGGCAGUUUGAUGAUGUUUUUGCAAGGAAAUAAAUGCUAGGCUAGUAAGUUUGACGUUGCAUGAAGCAUUAUUUAAUUGCACGCGUUGUAAAGCCGAGGUGAUUUCUUAAAAUCGUUUGAGUAAGUUUUUAGUAAGCAAUUUGCGUUCCUUUACGUACGAAUUGUAAAUGGAACAAAGUCCAACACUUCACGUGCAAAUUGUGCGCAUGAAUUAUUUUUAUUAGUCGGCUUACUGAUUCGACUUCCACCGCUGGAAACUUUUUUUUUCUCCUUUUUUUUGGUCGUUUUGUUUUGUUUUGCUUUUUAUUUUUUUUUUGUUAAACAUAUUUUCAUUUUUUGACAGACUUAAGAUAUACCAGUAGACUAAUUGCAGGUUCAUUAUCAGCUGUCAUUUGUAAAAUAAUUAAUAAUCCGCAAGUUAGCCUUAAGCACCCUUUGAUUGAUGCAGGUACUGUCAAGUGGUCGCCAGAAGUGGCUGAAGCUGCUGGAAUCCAUCAGCACCCGGGAGGAAGCAGUGGCAGGUGGGGUUGCCAUGGCUGCAGCAUUUGCCACGUACUUAGGCCCCUACCCGUUCACGUUUCGUCGUGAGAUGCUGACAGUGCACUGGCCACUGUGUUUGGAUGAACGUGGUGUUAUGUUGGUAGUGGAU